GCGCGAAGGCCCUGGCUGAAAGGCUGCGCUCCUUCAUAUACCCCGUAACACAUGAUAUGUUACUCGACAAGGCUAGCCAGUCAUUUUACUUCAAUUGCUAACAACAUGUAAGUCCAUAUCUAAGCGAGUCGAACGCCUUGCCCCCCGCCCCCACUGGGCUUGACCCUCACCAGGCCUCUUGCUCCUGCCACUGGCGGUACUUCCAAUCUCUGGUUGGAUAUGUCCGUCUUGAACCACAUGUAGACUGUGAAUACAGUAAUCAUCGCAAUGCGGAUUUUGGUCUAGUGGACUUCGUGUGAUAUGAAUGCAUUAGCUGUUGCUUUCGUUUCCAUCAGUCUCUUAAGUAGCGCCGCGCUCUUCGGUCCCCAAAGUACCGGUCCUGUCAUGUCCCAUACAUGCAAUUUCCUUCGCCUAUACGUGUGUCAAGCUAGGCUGCCAUGUCAGAAUCCGCCCUCCCAAACAUUGAUCGAGGCGCCCACCUGCUGGCAUGUUUCUGGAUACCCUUCCCAUGCGCGUCUCUACUAGUAUGUACACGCUUCUACAGUCGCAUUGCGCGGCAUGAAUUGGGUUUGGAUGAUUGGGCAAUUCUUCCUUCAUGGGUCUUAUAUGUCAUCGGUCUGGUGUUGAGUACGUUGAUGGUGCAACACGGAGGUGUGCGGCACAUUGAGUAUGUAGCCACCAGUGAUCUGCUGUUCGUCCUUAAGCUGGAAAUCAUAAACCAGCCUUUUGGUGUCUUUGGUGCACUUUUUGGCAAAAGCAGCGUGGCUCUAUUCAUUUCACGUAUCUCAGGGCACACCUCUAGAUGGCGCCGUUUGUUCCUGAUUAUAAAUGUUGUCUUGUACGCCGUCAUCAGUGUAGUCAAUGUCGCAGUCUUUUUUGGGCAAUGUAGGCCGAUCAGCGCCCUUUGGGAUCAAAGUCUACUCAGAUCAGGGCAUGCGACCUGUAUCGAGCCGAUGAUUAAUACUGAUAUAUCCAUGUUGCAGGCUGCAUUCGGCGCAUACUUGGAUUUUGCUCUAGCCCUCCUGCCCUUGACGUUCCUUAUCGAGCUUCGAGUUGAUAUGCGAAAACGCAUGGCCCUUUGUCUAAUUCUUGGUCUCGGGAUCAUCGCUGGUGUCUGCGCCUGUGUUAAAACAUCCAAGUUUUCGGCUGCGGCCAGCCUGAGUGACCCCACAUGGGGGAGUUACUCACUAUAUAUGUGGGCGUCGCUGGAGCUACCGUUUGUGAUAAUUGCCGCGUGCAUUCCGCCAUCAAAACCAGUGUGGGAUUUUGUCAUGAAAAGGAAGCCAAUCAGUGUGUCGAACAGCGGCUCGAACUACGAUCCGGGGUCCAAUUCAUCGUACAGGCUAAUUCCAGUGAAGGUAUCAGCCUACGUGGAGUCCAUGGGGCCAAAUAAAAGCUUCAAGCAUGUCGCUUGUAAUAGAGAGGAUCCGGUACCUAUGGAUGAAUCACCAGAUCAAGUUUGGCGAACAGUCCAGAUUAUGCAGACUAGCCAGGUGAUACCGGCAGGUGAGCAUUUAAAGAAGACUCGAGAGAUAGUUGACAGGGGAACCACUCAAUGACACCACCCGGGAAGUUGAAGGGCGAGAUAGUCGUUGUAUGAAUGUGUUUUGCUGGAGUUCAACUCUUUUUUUUUUGUGUGUGUCGCGAUAGUUGCACGGCUGUGGUCACUUACUUUUCGACUAUGGAUAAUCCUGUACUUACCACAAUUUCCGUGAAUAUUUUGUUUCUGCCCUCUGGAAUGUGUAUGUGGGGAAGGCAUCCCAAGCCGGUAGUAUUGAGGUGUGUUAUGUCAUUUUCUAUCCAGCUUUAGCUCUAGUAUCAGGGCAGUGAUCUGUU